AUGCAGGGCUCUUUUUAAGAGUUGGAAGUUCUAGCUGAAAUUUUUGAUUAAUUAAAAAAUGUAGAUGAGUAAAUCUUUGGUUUCAUAUUUGAAAUAUUUAGAAAGAAAAAAGUUUAAGACUGUAUGUUAUUUCUUUCAGAUCAUGGAAAUCAAAAAAAUUUGGAACAAUACAUUUUACAGAAUUUAAUAGAGGAUGAUAAUGGAUAGAAAUUGUAUGAUUUUAGAAAUAACAUCAAACAAAUUACUAAUGUCUUAAAAACAAUAAAAGAUCACGGCUUCAAUAAGUUAGACUAUUCAAAUAAAGAAUAUGAAGAAUCUACAAAGGAUCUAAUAAAAGGAAUAAAAUAGGAUAGAUAAAUCAUAGAAUUUUUGAAAUUUUUAGUUAAUCUUACAUCUAUGGAUAAUACUUUUAUAUAAUGCGGGUCUAAUUCAUUACAUAUAUUAGUUUAGAUGAAGGUGAGUCUUAGCAACAACAAUUUUGAAAAUAUAAAAAUCUAAAAUAUUUCUUUGGUUGGAGCUAAUUUUGUUAGGUGUAAUUUUAGUGGAUCUAAAUUUAAUAAUGUCAACAUAAGUGGAAUAAAUCUGAAUGAAACUUUAUUAUUGAAUUGUAAAUGGAAAAACUUAAGAAUUCAUGAAUUAAAUUAAUUAAAUGGUCAUACCAAUGCAGUAAAAUUUGUUUGUUUUUCUCCUGAUGGAAAUACAUUAGCUUCUGGUAGUAAUGAUAAGUCUAUCCGUCUAUGGGAUGUCAAAACAGGAUAUUAAAAAGCCAAAUUAUAUAGUCAUACUAGUAAUGUCUACUCAGUCUGUUUUUCUCCUGAUGGAAAUACAUUAGCUUCUGGUAGUAAUGAUAAGUCUAUCCGUCUAUGGGAUGUCAAAAAAGGGUAAUAAAUAGGAAAAUUAGAUGGUCAUGAUAAUAGUGUCAACUCAGUCUGUUUCUCUCCUGAUGGAAAUAUAUUAGCUUCUGGUAGUAAUGAUAUGUCUAUCUGUAUUUGGGAUGUCAAAACAGGGUAAAAAAUAGGAAAAUUAGAUGGUCAUGAUAAUAGUGUCAACUCAGUCUGUUUCUCUCCUGAUGGAAAUAUAUUAGCUUCUGGUAGUAAUGAUAUGUCUAUCUGUAUUUGGGAUGUCAAAACAGGGUAAAAAAUAGGAAAAUUAGAUGGUCAUGAUAAUAGUGUCAACUCAGUCUGUUUCUCUCCUGAUGGAAAUAUAUUAGCUUCUGGUAGUAAUGAUAUGUCUAUCUGUAUUUGGGAUGUCAAAACAGGGUAAAAAAUAGGAAAAUUAGAUGGUCAUGAUAAUAGUGUCAACUCAGUCUGUUUCUCUCCUGAUGGAAAUAUAUUAGCUUCUGGUAGUAAUGAUAUGUCUAUCUGUAUUUGGGAUGUCAAAACAGGGUAAAAAAUAGGAAAAUUAGAUGGUCAUGAUAAUAGUGUCAACUCAGUCUGUUUCUCUCCUGAUGGAAAUAUAUUAGCUUCUGGUAGUAAUGAUAUGUCUAUCUGUAUUUGGGAUGUCAAAACAGGGUAAAAAAUAGGAAAAUUAGAUGGUCAUGAUAAUAGUGUCAACUCAGUCUGUUUCUCUCCUGAUGGAAAUAUAUUAGCUUCUGGUAGUAAUGAUAUGUCUAUCUGUAUUUGGGAUGUCAAAACAGGGUAAAAAAUAGGAAAAUUAGAUGGUCAUGAUAAUAGUGUCAACUCAGUCUGUUUCUCUCCUGAUGGAAAUAUAUUAGCUUCUGGUAGUAAUGAUAUGUCUAUCUGUAUUUGGGAUGUCAAAACAGGGUAAAAAAUAGGAAAAUUAGAUGGUCAUGAUAAUCGUGUCAACUCAAUCUGUUUCUCUCCUGAUGGAAAUAUAUUAGCUUCUGGUAGUAAUGAUAAGUCUAUCCGUCUAUGGGAUGUCAAAAAAGGGUAAUAAAUAGGAAAAUUAGAUGGUCAUAGUGGUUGUGUUUUGUCAGUCUGUUUCUCUCCUGAUGGAAAUACAUUAGCUUCUGGUAUUAGCUAUGAUUACUGUAUCCAUCUAUGGGAUGUCAAAAAAGGAUAGUAAAAAGUCAAAUUAGAGGGUCAUAGUAAUGCUAUCUGCUCAGUCUGUUUUUCUCCUGAUGGAAAUACAUUAGCUUCUGGUAGUAAUGAUGAGUCUAUCCGUCUAUGGGAUGUCAAAACAGGAUAUUAAAUAACCAAAUUAGAUGGUCAUAGUGAAUGUGUUAUGUCAGUCUGUUUUUCUCCUGAUGGAAAUACAUUAGCUUCUGGUAGUAAUGAUAAGUCUAUCCGUCUCUGGGAUGUCAAAACAGGAUAUUAAAAAACCAAAUUAGAUGGUCAUAGUGAAUGUGUUAUGUCAGUCUGUUUUUCUCCUGAUGGAAAUACAUUAGCUUCUGGUAGUGAUGAUAAGUCAAUCCGUCUAUGGGAUGUCAAAACAGGAUAAUAAAAAGCCAAAUUAGAUGGUCAUAGUAGUUGUAUUAACUCAGUCUGUUUCUCUCCUGAUGGAAAUACAUUAGCAUCUGGUAGUAGUGAUAAAUCUAUCCUUAUUUGGGAUGUCAUAACAGGAUAAUAAAAAGCCAAAUUAGAUGGUCAUUAGCAUUGGGUAAUGUCAGUCUGUUUCUUACCUUAUGGAAAUACAUUAGCAUCUUGUAGUAGAGAUUACUCUAUCUAUCUUUGGGAUUUGAUAGCUAAUAAAAAAAGAGCCAAAUUCUAUUGCAAUGAUAACAUGGUUAUAACAGUGUGUUUCUCUCCUAAUGGAAAUAUAUUGGCAUCUGCUAAUUAUGAUAACUCUAUCUAUCUAUGGGAUGUAAAAACAGGAUAAUAAAAAGCCACAUUGGAUGGUCAUAGUGGGACUAUCUGGUCAGUCUGUUUCUCAUCUGAUGGAAAUACAUUAGCUUCUGGUAGUGAUGAUAUGUCUAUCCGUCUUUGGGAUGUCAAUACAGGAUAAUAAAAAACCAUAUUAGAUGGUCAUACUAAUUCUGUCUGGUCAGUCUGUUUCUCUCCUGAUGGAAAUACAUUAGCAUCUGGUAAUUUAGAUGAUUCUAUCCGUCUUUGGGAUGUCAGAACAGGUUAAUUAAUAACCAAAUUGAAUGGUCAUUCACAUGGUGUCAACUCAGUCUGUUUCUCACCAGAUGGAAAUAUAUUAGCAUCUCGAAGUGAUAAUAAGUUAAUUCGAUUAUGGGAUAUUUAAAAAGGAAAAGAAAUUUUACCAGCUGAAAAAAUUUAUAAAGAUAUUCUUGCUUAAUUUAAAGGACCAAUAUUUAAAAAUUAACCUCUACCAUGUAUUUAUGUUAUUUUAUUAUUUAGCAUCUAAUAAUAUUACAACUCUGCGAAUAUCUCAAAAACCAUUAUUUUAAGCAUAAGGUGCUUUAAUUUUGAAAGGAGAUUUUAUGAAUUAUGAGGGAUUCGAUUUAUAAUCAUUAUUCAUAAGCAAAGGAAGUUGCUUUUUAGAAGAAUUUAAGGAAAAGUGA